GGUCCGAGUCUCUUUGAAUUUUAUGAAGCGGUUGUAUCUUGGUGGUGCCCCAACAGCCAACCAAGCCAGCCGCCAGCGAGCAAGCCAACAUCAGCCCAGCAACAAGCCACCAGCGAACCGACCAACCCAGAACCCGAGUUGGUCUCGCUGUCGUCUGCAGCAGCUUCAUUCAAAAUUGUCAAAUUUCUCGACAGUUUUGCUCUAUCAGAAGCUAACGAACUAUUGACACAGUGGAUUAUUUGUACGCAGCAAUUGCUGACAUAAAAAAGCAAACACCAAUCGGUGAUUUUAAAUACUAAAAUAAAAGGUGUAAUAAACUAACUAAGACUGUCGAAUCAGUGCGCGAAAUGUUAAGCAGCAUCAGUCGAAAGGAAUAAAAGGAUCUAAAACUGUGCAACAAAGUGCAAAAACGAAUCUUAACUCAAAUAACAAACAAAAUCAAAAAGAUUAACUGCAGUACAAGUGGCAAAGUGUUGAACAAGAAUUUUCAAAAGUUCUUUACAAAAAUUAAUUCGUUCAGUUUCUUGAGUGAAAAAGCUACACACACAAGCAAAACGAUGACAAGAAAACGUUCGAGUCCGCUGGGACUCGAGGAGCUGAUGUCUCUGGCCGUGCUGCUGUUGGUGCUGCCAGCGUUAACGCUAGCCGCUCCCGUGCAGGAGUAUACGGAAAUAACGCCGUAUCCAGAGGGCUGCUACUACAACUAUGGCCAUUACAAUGAAGGUGACCGCAUCAUGACCAAUGAGCCGUGUCUGAACUGCACCUGCCACAACCGCAUGCUCAUGUGCUAUCUGCGCGUUUGCCCAUUCACUAAGCCAAUUGGUCAGGAUUGCAUUGUGGAGAAGCGCGAGGACCAGUGCUGUCCUAUCGUUACCUGCCCAGUGGUUCAUGUCGAAGUGCCGUAUCGUACGCCCGAGCCUGGAACUGAGCUGAGCAUACCCGAAAAGUUCGGCUGCAGCAUUGAAGAGAAGUUCUACCCGGAAGGCGCCCAGGUGCCAUCGAACCCGAACAAACCCUGCGAACUCUGCUACUGCAUUAACAAUCAGACCAAAUGCGUUAUGCAGGAGUGCACCCUGCAUGUGGAUGGCUGCACACCCAUCUACAACAAAGGCUCUUGCUGUCCAGUCCGAUACAGUUGCGACCAUGAGAACGAUGUUCUUGAGCUGGAGGACCAUUCCACAACAACGACCACAGUUCGUCCAACACCUGGUUUUAUUCUGACCACUACCAUGACUCCGGCCGUGUCGACGGAUUGCAUCCACAACGGAGAAACCUUCGCCGAUGGAGCCUCCAUCGAGGGCAAGAAUGCUUGCGAGCAUUGCUACUGCAUGCGCGGAGAUAUUGUGUGUGCCGUCCAAGAGUGCGAGAUGCCAAUGAGUACGGCCAGUGGCAAAACAUGCCGUGCCAUGCCAGCUGCCGAGGGCGAAUGCUGUCCGAGCAACUAUAUUUGUGAUGAUGAUAGUACCACAACUGAAAGCAUUGAAUCCACCACACUGGAGACGAGCCGAGAUGAGGAGCCAACUGCUACAGCAUCGCCAGUCAAGGAUAUACCCGGUGAAAUACCGAAGGAGGAUCUCGACUUGCAAGAACACAUUGAUGAUAAGAAGAAGGAUGAGGACGCGAUCACUGAAGGUCCACUUGAGGAAGCUGGCAGUGGGGAAGUUGAUCAAGAGGAGACCACAGUCGCUCCGACUCAUGACGAUAAGAUUAAGGAGAAGGAACCCGAAACAUCUACUGUGGUCACGGAUGCUAGAAUUGAUACUCCAGCGGAGUCUUCUACGACGUCGAUCGAAGAAGGUAGCGGUGAGCAGGAUGUCAGCAAGGCGACAACGCCUCCAGCAGUGGGAGCUGACAAGCCCGCAGAGCCAACUAAAGAGGGAAGCGGAGAAGAGACGACACCCACUUUAUCUGAGGAAGGUAGCGGGGAAGUCGACACUACAUCCGCACCUUCAUCCCAAGAAACCAGCCCCGAAAGUGAAGAAGAUAUUGUCAAGACUUCCACACCUGUUGCACCAACCGGAAUUGCUGAAGAUGGUCAGGACGCUACGACACCUACUGUUGAUGUUAGCGACAAAGAGGAAGUGCCGAAAGAGACAAUUCCAUCUGUGGGUCUUACUGGCGAAGAAGAUGUUCCCAAGGGUACAACUCCAGCUUCUGCAGUCACCGAUGAAGAGGACGCCUCGAAGGCAACAACUCCAAGUGAAGAUGUCACCGAAACAGACGAUGUGGCCAGGAUUACCACUCCAACAUCUGACAUUAGCGAUAAGGAAGAUGCUAUUAAGGGUACAACUCCUGCUCCAGAUGUUAGCGAUGAGGAAGAAAUUGCCAAGCCUACAACUCCAACUGAACUUACGGAUCAGGAAGAUGGUGUCAAGGCGACAACUCCAGCAGUGGCUAGUGAUAAGGUUGAUCAAAUUGAGUCUUCAACACCAACCUCAAUUGUUAGCGACAGCGAAGAAGUUGCCAAGGGCACAACUCCAGCCGCUGACUCUGGAGACAAGACUGAGGAAAUCGUUCCAGCUACAGAGAGUGAUAAGGAAGAAGAUGUCAAGGCCACAAGUCCUGCUGCAGAUGAGGACUUUAAGGUUACAACUCCAACCGCUGACACUGAUAAGGAAGACGACCUUAAGGUUACAACUUCAGCCACAGAUGUUUCCGAUAAAGAAGAAGUUACAACUUCCGAGUCCGAUGAGGAAGAUGUUGUCAAAUCUACAACUCAAGCCCCAGAUGUUAGCGAGAAGGGUACAUCUACAGCCUCCCAGCCCGAUGAGGAAGAUGUGGUCAAAGCAACAACUCCAGCCUCAGAUUUCAGUGACAAGGGUACAUCUACACCUUCCCAGGCGGAUGAGGAAGAUAUUGUCAAUGCUACAACUCCAGCCUCAGAUGUUAGCGACAAGGAAGAAGCUGGAAAGGCUACAACUCCAGCAAUUGAAGUUGAUGAGGAAGAGGUUGCCAAGGGUACAACUCCAGCUGCUGAAUAUGAGAUCAAGGUUACAACUCCAAGUGCAGAUAGCAAAAAGGAUGAGGAUGAAGUCAAGACAACCACGCCAGUCGCUGAUGUUAGCGAGAAGGUUGAUGUUUCUACGGGAACUACAGCUGAAGAAGACACUGUCAAGGCAACAACGCCAGCCAAGGAAGUCAGUGGUGAGGAAGAUAUUAUCAAGGAAACAACUGCUGCCCCAGGAGAAGAAAUUUCUGAACAGGAUACUAGGAAGCCCGACACUUCUGCCACUUCUACAGAUGAAAUUGCUGAAGAAGAUAUUGUUAAGGCUACAACUCCCGCUGCUGAGGGCAUUGAUACUACCAAGGAGAGUACGGAUGAUAUUGUUAGAGCUACAACUCCUGCUGGUGCUACUGAUGAAAAGGCUGAAAAGGCGACCACACCUGCAAAGGUUGAUAUUGAUAUUACUAAGGACACAACUCCUGCUGAAGAUGUCAGUGCCUUCACUGAAACUACUGCUGCGGCUGAAAUUAUCAAGUCUACGACUCCUGCAGGCGAGGACAUUAAAAAGGAUACUGACAAAGCUACAACUGUUGCUGAACAGGCCGGUGAAGAUAUUUCUAUCCAGACUACGCCAUCUGCUGAAGAAGCUAGCAGCGAGAAGGACAAGGACGUUGUUAAGCCCACUGGAGAUGCUAGCUUUGAAGAAGUCAUUCCUAGCACAACUUCUGAUGAAGACACCACCAGCGAAAAAGAGGAGGUUAAGGGUACAACUCCAGCUGCUCAGCCCAUUAAGCCAAGCACACCUAAAACUGAAGAGGACCAGACAACAGAGUCUGACGAAUACUCCACAGAAGAGGAUUCGGUUCAGACAACAACAACGCCAGCUCACAUUUCAUCAUCUACCACUGAAGGUGUCAGUGAGCAGGAUACCUCAGACGUCAGUUCAGAAGAAGAUACGCCCGCUGUGCAAAGCACCACAGCUUCUCCCAAGCAACCUGAAGACCAAGAAAGCGACGAGAAAGAAUCUGUCGAGGAUCAUACUGAGGAAGCUACUACUAUCGAAGCAGAAAAAGAAAUUGUUUCUUCCACUAGUGCAACACUUGGUAAAGAGCCCACUGAAGAGCAAACUACACAAGCAGUGCCUGUCAAGUCUGAUAUUGCUCCUUCUAUCACUGAAGCUGAUCAAAGCACGGCCCAACCUGAAGAAAGUGAGGAAGCCACAACCGAUAAGCCAUCAACACUCUAUCUGCCUCCUGUGUCGGAAGAUGAACCAAAAGGCACCGAGAUCCCAGAAACCAGUGAAGAAGAUCUCACUGCAUCCACUGAGGAGGAAUCAUCUGAGCCUGCUAAGGUUACACCUGAGAAACAAGGACCAAUUGAUACCCGUCACGACUUCACCCCAGAGAGUACAACAUUGGCACCCAGUUCAGAAGAGGAUUCAACAGCAGCAGCAAUGCCUGAUAUGCAGCUGCCGAGUGGUAUACCUGGUGAAGGUGACUGCCUGGUUGAAGGCAAAACAUAUACUAACAAUUCCGAUGUACCAGCAACCACUCCCUGCGAUAGAUCCUGCAAGUGUAUUAGCAGUAUUGUAUCAUGCAAGCCAGUGGAAUGCAGAAUUCCUGCAGAUAGCGAAAACUGUGUUCUGGAUAGCGAUCAUUCUGACGGCUGCUGCCCAACGUACAUUUGUGAGUCUGAUUCCACUACUCCGAAAGCCGUUGACACUUCUGAUGAAACCAAAUCAACAACAAUCGUUCCCGAAACAAGUCAUGACGUGGAGCCCACUACAACUGAGAACAUACCAAAGGAAGUCAUUAUACCUUCUGGCAUUACUGAGCUGCCAAUGUCACAUGUUAAGCCAGAUGAAGAAGUCUUACCCGUAACCACACAAACCCCCCUUUCCGAAGAGGUUACAACACAAAAAGAUGUUAAGAAGCCAACUGACGGGGAACCAACUGAAGAAGGAGGCGAUAAAAUGGUGGAUGCUACUCCUGCACCUGAGAAAGAAGUUCAGAAACCUCAUGAGAAGGAGCCCACACCUGAAGAUGAUGCCGUCAAGGAAACUGCAGUGCCAACAACAGAGAAAACUGUUAGUCAACCAGAAUAUGAGCCAACAACAUCCGCUUCAGCUGCAGAUGACACCCAAAAGAAGACAGACGAUGAGUUGGCUACACCAACCACUGCUCCUACUUCAAGUGAUGAUGAGACUAAAGGAGAGAAACCCGCUGACGAAAAAUUGGGAGCCACCGAAGAUAAGAUUCCCGCAACUACAAUCGCUCCUACAUCUACUGAGACAACUAAUAAAUAUGAGGAAGAGCCUUCAUCCACAGAAGCACAUGUUGAAGAAAUUGAUAAGAAACAAGUUGAAGAUUCUGAAAAGAUUCCCGAAUCAUCCACGACCACACCAUCUGAAAGCGAGGACGUCACGACUAUUGCUUCACCUGCAGAAGGUUCUGUAUCUUCAGAUGGCAAGCCUUAUAGCCCUGAAGACAGUUUUGCUCCGACUACUGCUCGCCCUGAGGCCGAAGAAGAUCAAGACAAAAAGAAACUCUCUAUCCCAGAGGCAGCCACAGAAAUACCAGAUGUAUCGGAGGCAGAUGAAAAGAAACCUACAGAUGAGGUGGCAAUCACUGAGUCCACUAUUGAAAAGAAACCAGCGCAAAGCUCGGAUAUUCCAGACAAGGUUUCCACAAUUGAUGAUGAUCAAUCCACCUCCACUCCCGCUGUCGGCAAGGUGCAGGAUGAAACCACUGUCUCUCCUGUUGCAAUUGAUGAAGAAAGUGAUUUGUCGACAGAAAAGUCCACAUCUGAAGUGGAAGAUGUCGUUUCUGUUACCAAAUCUCCUGAAGACGACUUUGCACCGCUCCAAACAACUGUGCCCUCAACAGUCCCAGAAGAUGAUAAAAAACCAUCGCAAGGUGAAACUGCAACUGAAAAGGAUGAAGUCGAGCUCGCAUCAGUACCUUCAGUUACUGUUUCUCCAGCUGCUGAUAAGGAUGAGCCAUCUAUUACAGCCUCGCCAUCUGCAGAUAAGGAAGAUACACUUGGUCAAACGACAGACAGAACUCUACCUGAAAAGUCAACAGAGGAUAAAUCGGAGGAGGAGCCCUAUACAACUUAUGCUCCUGCUAUUGAUGUAUCUAAGAAACCAGAAGAUGAAGUACUUCCAUCUCAGGCAGAUGAUAAACCUGAUAGUAAGGUGCCAGCAAUCUCAACAUCUACACCAUCUGAUACGAAGGAUCAAGAAGAUGAAGAGUCUACUACAGUGUCCAUAUCCGUCAAGGAUGAGGAACCACAAGUUCCACUCGAAGAGUCCACAACUACAGCUCCCUCCGUUCAAGAUCACACCAAGAAAACAUCAGACAAAGAGGAAGAAGAGAGUUCCACAACAUCGGAGAUUGAUGAGGUUACAAAAACUCCAAGCAAAGAAGGAGAGCAGUCGUCUGCUGAAAGUACAUCAACCUCAGUGGCACCCCCAGAGAUUGCGAUUGACGUCACAACUAUUGCACCCAGCACUGAGGAAGAGCCAAGUACAGACAAGCCCAUUGACAUUGAAGGUUCCAAAACGCCAUUGGAAAGUGAAAUGCCCGAAGAUAAAACUCCUUCAACAACUCCUCAAUCUCUUAUCGAAGAGGCUCCAGAGUCCUCAACUAAGAUUCCAGAGGAUACUGAUAAUGACUUGGAGCAAUUUACUACAGUUUCGCCUGCUUUGCAAGGAGUGCCCUCUGAACCGUUUGAUGAAAAGAUUCCUUCCACAUCUGAUGAAGGGGAUAGCACGGAAGAAAGCUACGCUGGAACCACUGUUGAACCACAAGCUACAGACGACAAGAAAUUCCCGUCUUUGUCUACAACCCAAUCAUCAAUUGCGCCCGAAAAGGAUAUUAAGACACCGAGUACUUCCGAUGAAGAAGUUGAUCAAGAGCCACCUACAGACACUGAUUCCACGACAGUUGUUCCAUCGUCAGAGGAAGAGGAUCAUAUUCCUACUAAGGUGUUCCCGACAGCAGCGCCAGUUGAUAAAUCUGAUUCAACAACCACUACACCUGCCGAAGAAGAGAUUGUUAAAGUACCCAAUCAGGGCGAAACCCAACCUAAGCCAGAUGAUAGCGAAGAGUCGACCACAGUUUCGCAAGCAACCGAUAAGCCAUUGGACACAUACCCAAGCAAAGUCCCAGCUAUGGAUGAGCUUGAAGGGGAUAAGGAUCUUGACUCUACAACAGUGCGUCCAGACGAUAAGAAGAUUAUCUCCACUUCUACAUCUUCUGAUGACGACAUUCAACAACCAACUACCCCUGCUGCUACUUCUAUUAAAGUGGAAGUCACUACUUCGGCUGCUGAUGAGGAGUCUGAUGUUAGUACGGCUGCACCAGCGGUUGCUCAAGACGAUGAUACAGAGGGUACCACAGUCCGUCCGCUUAGUGAUAAGACAGGUGUCGCAGAAGAAGGUGCCGUUGAGGAUACCAUUUCAACAACACCCGAGUCCGAGGAGGACCAAGAGCCUGCUCGUAUUCCCACCACACCCACUCCGAUUCAUAUUCCUGGUGCUGAAGGCGAUGUCACAUCACAGACUGUUCCACCUCAAAGUGAAGACGAAAAGAUUGUCACAGAAUCUGCCACAACUUCAGCUGAAGAUGCGGAUAAGACUGCUGUUACAGUUGCCCCAGUUGCUGCUGAUGUUGAAGCAACUAGUGAAGUUAGCAAGAAACCAUCUGAUACAGAAGACGUGGGUGAGCAAUCUACCGAGCCAAGUGAUAUUGAGCAUGAGGGCACCACUGAUCAAUCUACUGGUGCAAAACUGAAGCCACCAACACCAACGCCAACGACAACAGGAGAUGAAACUUCAACUAAGCAACCUGUGGAGGAUGAAAAUAUUGUGGCAGCAACUGCACAGCCUGAUCUCGAAAAGGAAACCCCAAGCAAAUCUACUGAGGCUCCAGAGUUGGAGACACCAACAACGCCAUCCGAUACAGAAAAAUCGACUAAAGCUCCAGCAGUUAGUCCCAGCUUGGAAUCGACCGAAGAUGCAGAUGAGUCUGUUGAGUCGGAGGAGGAACAUACUACUGUAUCUGAAGAUACCCAUAAGGGAGAAGAAGCUGCAGAGUCUGCAGAAUCUGAGGACACCGUUACAGAGCCUGCCAUAAAGAAACCUGAGGUCGAUGAGGAAGAAAUUCCAGCUGUUGUCUCAGAGUUACCACAGACAACAGCUACACCUACUGCUCAUGAUGAAACAUCUGCAGAAGUAUCCAGCGAGGGUACUCCUACAACACAACCAGAUGUCGCCAGUAUUACAACGAUACAUCCGCUGUUCGCCCAGCGCUUCAGCACUACACUUUCUCCAGUCAUCGCCGACAGAGUGUCAGAAGAGGAAACUGAUGCUACGCCGACGAAGCAAAGCACUGAGACAUCAACAAGCGAGUCUCCGCUUACAACAACUUCCCCGACUACCCCACAACACGAGUCGAUUACACCUCCGUCAUAUGGUCAUCAGCCACAAUAUCCAUCUUACCCAGAAGACGAAUACGACGAAGAGGAGGUGUUCGGCCCAGGCACGUGUCGCUAUGCUGGCAAAAUCUACGUGUCCGCGCAGCAAAUCCCACGCGACGAUCCUUGCGACUUCUGCUUCUGCUUCAGAAGCGACAUCAUCUGCUUGCAACAAUCUUGUCCGCCACCAAUAGCUGGCUGUCACGAGGAGCAAAUCACUGGCUUCUGUUGUCCACGAUACGAGUGUCCCGUAACCAUGGCCGCCGUGCUUAAUAUUACGACAAGCACGACAACAACUAGCACCGAACUGCCACCGUUCAUGACGAGCCUAUCCCAUGGCAGUGAAGUGACCCGCACCGGCUGCAGCAUUAAUGGCCGUUCGUACAUGGUGGGCGAACCCAUCCACUCAACGAGUGGUCCUUGCAUGAGCUGCAUCUGCGGCGGUGAUGGCCAGAUGAAGUGCGACCCACAGCGCUGCGUCCCGAAUCCAACAACGGCCCAAAUGAUGGCAUCAGCUACGACAGGCCGUAAAAGAUGAACCACCAGCCAUGCACACUAAAAAUAGUUUUAACUAAUUUUUAAGCACUGCAAACUAAACAAUCAGAAGCACAGAUGAACAAACAGCCCAAAUUGCACCCACAGAGCUGCAUUCCUCACGUUUUUUGAAGGAACAACCAGAAAAUAGAAAUAAUAGACUCUGAAAUAGCAACAGAAACAAAACAAAA